GGCUAUUCACCUGUCUGAGCUGCUUUGGACGAAUUAUUGAUACAAAAGAGGCAAGCUGGCAGAGGGUUACAAUUUGAGCUAUAGGGAGGAGUCUAGCGCUUUGUUGUCAUUUUGAUGUGCAUUACUGGUGUCAGGUUUCCUGAUUGUUUCAGAGAAAAACUAGGGAUUGACCUUGAAUGGCUGCUGAAAAGUUCUCCAUGGUGGGAUAAAGUAGAGAGAAAGAUGCACCGCUGAUGCUCAUCUGGUGCAUACCCUGCUUCACCUUUGGCUAACAUGAUAAUUUGACUUCAAUGAGUGCUGCUACAGUUUUUAAAUCCUGAAGGACCCUUAGCCCAAUGGAGAAGAAAUACCCAGCAAUUGCAGGGAAGGAGAAAGGACCAGGACCUGGGCGCUAUGGAUUGCCUCCCACCAUUGGGUUUGUUGGCCACGACUUCACAAAACCAACCAGCCCGGCCUACUCUUUCCACGGCAGGAUCAGUAAUAACAUGCUUUCUCUCGACUCCAGUCCAGGGCCUCUGUAUCAUGUUGAUGCAAAAAUCACUCGCUUUGGAAAGGAUGGCACACCUGCAUAUUCAAUGUUGAGUAGAAUGAAAGCACAGAUAGAAGAGUUAUUCAGCACACCUGGACCUGGUACAUACAGUCCUGAGAAAGCUCCACUUUGCAACCUGCAGCGCAAACCGCCCUCCUACACGAUGGGCCGUCGUACCCGCUACCGUACCGUAGACCCGGUCCCGGCUCCCAACAAGUACAGCCUGCCUCCACUCCUAGGAUCUCACAUCCCAAAUAAGAGAGCCAGCGCAAGUUACACUAUGCCGGGUACUUUCAGCACCGGGGGACCAUCUGAAGAUUUGGCCAAGACUCCCGGGCCCUGCCGAUACAACAGUACGGACCCUAGUGUGUAUCGGCCGCGGCAGCCUGCGUUCUCCAUGUUGGGACGUCACGACGUACCCAAAGACAAGACCAAAAAGCCCGGUCCAGGGACGUAUAACCCCGAGAACGUCACGGCUCACAAGACCAGAGCACCAGCAUACUCCAUGGGGGUCAGACACUCAGAAUAUGUCACGCCACUAGUGGUCGGGUUUUCUGACUAACAGAG